AUGACUAUCAAAAAAUUAUCAAUGAAAAAUGAUGAGUCGAUUGAGUCUAAUAAUAUAUAUUUUGAGGUUGAGAAUAUUGUAAACCAUUAUACCGAGACGAAUGGUGCUUUUCGAUAUCUACUCAAAUGGAAGGGUUACAACGAAGAAGACAAUAGUUGGGUCAAUGAGGAAGACAUAAGCGCACCAUCUUUAAUCAGACUAUAUUGGUCAAACAAGAACAAUUUUAAUCGUAAGAGAUACCUUCCUAAAAAAGGAGCUAUUAGGACUAAUCGAGAUCGUAGAUCAUCUCGAAAGGCGAAAUAUCAUUUUGAUAAUCAACAAGAAUCUGAUUCAAGCACCAUUCAAGAAGCCAGCGUCUCGAGUGAUAAAAAUACCACCGGGAAUAGUGAUGAAAUUUCUAAGCUAUUACAAAGUGAUAAUGAAAAAAGCGAAAGCACAUACUAUUAUUUUACUUUCGAUAAUUGGGAAAAAUAUGCAACUAUUUUGAACGUUGUACGUAAUGAUACCAAAAUUUUUGUUCAUAUACAAUGGCCUGAUGGAACAGAAAAUCAUGUUAUUUCAAGCGAAGUAUACCAAAGAUGUCCAUUAAAGCUGAUCCAAUAUUACGAACGACAACUUUGUAUUCACAAAAAAGGGGAUGAAUAA